UGGAACAGACCCUCCACCAUGGCCUCCCUCCUAACCUCCCACCUCGAACAAAUCUCCCUCUGCGCGUCCUCAAUCGCAGAACUCCCUUUUCCAGGCCCAAAGAAAUUCGCCAACGCCCUCCUCUCACAACACGACAUCACCUCCUUAAUCCGGGAUACAGAAUCUCACGAGCGAGCUCUCUUCCACCUCGCUCCCCCACCACUCCCAACCAAACCCGGUGCAGGAAAUGACUACUCUUCCGGACCCGUCACAGCGCCAACUCCAGCACCAAACCGCCGCGCGACAAUGUACGGCGGCCGUCAAACGCCCCGGAAUAAAGCUGUCGCGGCUGUGCUGGGAGGCGACCUCUACCAGCGCACGCGGAAGGAAGGCACGCGGCAGAAGGGAGAGGUGGAUGUGGAAGUGCUUCUGGAGGGUGCGGAGCGUUUGCUAGCGGUGUAUUCGAUUCCCGGCGCGAGUGAUCGGAUCGCGGGUUUGAGGCGAAGGCAUCAGCAGUUGACGGCGAAUAUUCAGUAUCAUGAGGCGAGGGUCAAUCAGCAGAGUGAGGACUUGGCGAAGAUUAGUCGGAAGGAUUAUGAUGCGGAGGACGAGGAUGGCGGUGAGGAUGGCUCGGUGGCGGCAGCGCCCGCGGUCAUGUCGAGGGAGGAUAUGGAGAGGGAGGAGGUGGAAAUCAGGGAAUUGGAGAGGAAGAAGAAGGCUCUUGAGGAGAGGGUCACGGGGAUGGAGAAGGACUUGGGUGGGUUGAUGAGGUGA